AUGACAAGAGGGUUAUGCAAGCUAAAGAGUCCCCAAGCCUUGAAUCUCGGGACAAACCAUUUUGUGGGACAUCUUCCAUCGUGUCUCGCCAAUUUUUCUUCAUUUCGUGUAUUUGAUGUUUCACAGAACAAUUUUGAAGGAACCUUCCCCUUUUCUCUCAUAUAUAAUCUCAAGUCGCUCGCCUAUGUCUCUCUCAAUGAUAACCAUUUUAAGGGCACACUUUCAUUCAGCUUGCUUGCUAACCAUUCUGACCUUCAAGUUCUUGAUAUUGGAAGCUAUAACCAACAGGAUUUCAAGAUUGAUACUGAGAAUCCCCCAUUUGUUCCAUCCUUUCAAUUGAAGAUUCUUCGAGUGAUAAAUUGCACACUCAAUGAACCAAGCCACAUGAUUCCCACAUUCCUUUAUAAUCAACAUGAGUUAAGAAUGUUAGAUAUUGGCCCCAAUAGCAUGAAAGGAAGGUUUCCAAACUGGCUAUUGGAAAAUAACACCAAGUUGGAUUUCCUUAAUCUUAGCAAUAACCACUUAAUUGGUCCUAUUGAGCUUAAUGCCACCACAAAAUUCUCAAAUAUGCAUAUCUUGGAUGUCUCUUGUAACCCUAUUGGAGAGAUUCCACCAAACAUUGGUUCACUAUUUCCAAACUUGGUAACCUUGAAUAUGUCCUCUAGUUCAUUGCAUGGUAGUUUUCCAGCUUCAUUGGGUGACAUGAGACAAUUGAAUAAUUUAGACUUGUCACACAACAAUUUGUUUGGACACAUACCACAGGAGUUUGGUAAAGGUAGCAAUGACUUGAGGUUUUUGAGGUUGUCUAACAACAACCUGCAUGGCCCCUUCUUGCCUUUUGGAUCAAAUUUCACCAAAUUGUUAUCACUACAUCAAGCCAACAAUAACUUCAAGGGAAGCAUACCAGAUGGAAUCAUGAACAACACUGAGUUAAGAAUGUUGGAUUUAAGCAACAACCAACUCCAUGGAGAAAUACCUAGUUGGAUUGGAAGUUUUCAAUAUUUGACUUUCCUCAUCUUGUCCCAAAAUUUAUUGGAGGGUCCAAUUCCAAUGGGAUUUUGCAAGUUAACUAAUCUAGCAUAUGUGGACAUUUCUCAAAACAGUUUAAAUGGAACAUUGCCUAAGUGUGUCAACAUGCCAGACUUGAGGUACUUGUAUUUGCAGAACAACAAGUUCAGUGGACCCAUACCUACCUUUCUGACCAAUUCUUCUUUCUUGUUGACUAUGAAUUUGGUGGAUAACAAAUUUUCAGGCCAAAUUCCUUGGUGGAUAAGUUCAUUGUUGAAUCUAAGGAUUCUUCUUUUAAAGAAAAACAAACUAGAUGGUCUUAUUCCAAUUGAUGUAUGUCAACUAAAGAACAUUAGUAUUAUGGAUCUAUCUCAAAAUAACUUUUCUAGAAGCAUACCACCUUGCUUGAAUAAUAUAUCAUUCGGAAGACUUGAUUCAUUGGCUGCUAAGGUAUUAGGAAAAUUUGUUGUACCAUGGGUUACAAGAUCCACUGAAUAUGUCUUUUGGUCAGACACAAAUACUCUUAUUGAAGGUGAAAAUAUACAAGACUUUGCAGAAUACGAUGAACAAGACGUGGUCUUCAUGUCAAAAAGUAGGUAUGAAACAUACAAAGGAAAUAUCUUGGAUUUGAUGUCUGGUUUGGAUCUCUCAAGCAAUAAGUUGACAGGCCAGAUUCCUUCACAAAUGGGAUACUUGAAUAGCAUACACACACUAAACUUGUCCAACAAUCAUCUCACAGGACCAAUGCCAGAAACAUUUUCCAGCCUAAAGCAAAUUGAGAGCUUGGAUCUUUCAUGCAAUAGAUUGAGUGGUCACAUUCCCUCACAAUUGACAGAUUUGUACCACUUGUCUGUUUUCUCUGUGGCUCAUAAUGACUUCUCUGGAAGGACCCUAGAGAGGGUAAACCAAUUUGCAACGUUUGAAGCAAGUAGUUAUGAAGGUAACACUCUUCUUUGUGGACCUCCACUAAAUCGAAGUUGCUCAUCCGUUGUAAAACAACCAGCACCAGGGAUUGGUACAUCACCUCUUGGGAAAAAUGAAUUCAGAGACACCUUUGUUUAUAGUUUUCCACCACCAUUUUGUGUUGCAUUUGUGAGUGUCAUAGCUUUUCGCUACUUCAAUUCAUACUUUAAAGUGCCCUACAAAAAUAAAUUUUGUGUGUAG